CACACUGCACCACAGACCGCAUCGCUGAUCUUGUACACCUCAUCUGCACGAGGCAGGACAAAAAGGACCCCAAAGACAACUCAAAAACAACAAUCAAUAACUCUUGAUUCUCUCCGGCCAGCAUGUCUACUAAUCCAGCAGCUGUGAAGCAGGAGCAGGAGGAGCUCCAGCUGUCCUCUUCAUCGUCUGUCCUUUGCGACAUGUGCCUGGACAGGCAGACGCCCGCCCUGAAGACCUGCCUCAAGUGCGAGAUCUCCAUGUGCGCUCAGCACCUCCAGGCCCACCUCACCACGCCGGUGCUGCUGCAGACCCACCCCCUGACCAAGCCCAUGCCGGCGGGAGGGCUGAGCUCCGGAGCCGUGGCCCGCUGCCCCGAGCACGGCAAGCUGCUGGAGUACUACUGCCUGGACGACCGGCUCUGUGUUUGUGUGUCCUGCUCCAUCGAGGACCAGCACCGGCUGCACAACCUGAAGACGCUGGCUGGUGCCCAGAAAGUUCUGGUGGAGAAGCUGAAGGAGGAAAAGAAGGAGCUGGCCGAGCGGCAGGUGCAGGGGAUCGCGUUGAAGAGCUGGGAGACAAAGCAGAAGAAGGACCUGGAGGUCUCGAGCGAACGCCUGCAGAAUGCUGUGGUGGCGUUGCGCGAUAUUGGCUUGACCAAGGUGGGAAGCUCGGUCUUGGCUCGUCUUGAAGCAGUUCAUGCAGCUCAAAAGAGCAUUGAGGCCGCGUUGUCAGAAGAAGACGCCCAUUUGUUCCUGCAGGGGUUUGGAGACGUGUAUGAAGCUGUGGAAAAAGCUCAGGCUGUCGACUUCAUUCAUGGGUUAGAGGAGACGGCGAAACCUGAGCAGGUUGUGUUCGACCUCCUCAAGAAUGGGCACGAGACCGUACAGAGGGUUUUGAAGCUCCAAGGAGACCUCCUCACCUUGGUUGAUCCAGACAAACAGUUCUGGGGCACGGACAAACCCACAGACAUGACCUUUGAUGAGGAAACGGUCGGACAACUUCUGGUGUCAACAGACUUGAAGACACUGUCAUGCUGCUCACCCACGGUCUCUCAAACAGUAUACUUCAAGAAUAGCAUUGAUUCUGAUCUACACUGGACUAUGGUCUUUUCUGAAAAAUAUAACUGGAGUGUUGGCCUCUGUUGUGGUCCCCAACAUGAUCAUCGUUACGGUCUGGAGUGGAAGGACAAAAAGCUUUUUGCACAUAAGCCUCAAGAAAGUUCCGCUCUAGAAGACAUGAUCUUCGAAAACAAGGUGGAGGUCUGUUGGGACAGCUCUGGUAAAUCCCUGUGCUUUUUCACAAGGGGUGAGUAUGGGCAGUUGAUUGGUCUGUACAGUGUAGACAUCAAGAGGACCCCAAAACAAAGUCUCCGGCCCUUUGUCACUCUGGUAAAAAAACAGGAUACACCAAGUGGUUCUGGCACCGCUUCCUCGAAUUGUGAUAGAUGUGGUCGAUGCUCCUCUUAUGGUGGAUGUAACUGUAGGCCUAAGUACGCAGAUAUUGCGUGCCAGGUUCAUGGCUUAGAGGAAUAUGAUCCACCUUCAAAGAAACGAAAAAGGGUUUAA